CUCUCAUUGGUGAUUUUCACUCCUCUUUUGUCUCUCUCUUUGUUUCUCUCUAGCUAUCAUCUUUGCAAAGAUGGAUCCUUCCCAAAAAAGGGUUUUAACUGAUGACGGUACCAACAACGGUGGAGAUGGUGGCAGGUUGCUGAAUGUUUCCAAACUAUUUAGAACAUACUUUGCUGUGUUUGAUCAUGGGGAGGAAGGAGAGAAGAAAAGUGAGGAAGUUGGCGAAACAACUUCCAUGGAAGUUGAUGAAGUUGCUGCUGAUGAGGAUUGUGUUGAUGUUGGUGGAAAAGAAGAGAAAGGAAAAGCAAAUGAUGCCAUGGGAGACAACAAUGAAGGUCUUGGUGGUGUUGAAGAAGGAAUGGAGGUAGAAUCCAAUGAAGUUGUUGAGGAUGAAACUGUUGUCAUGGAUGAGAAUAGUGGUUUUAGCAGUAAUCCUCGUAAAAUGCUAGAUUUUGAUCUCAAUGAAAUGCCUCCUGAGGAGGAUUCUGAAUGAGAAGAAUGGUGUUUACAACAAUAAUGUCAAUUGAACCAGAAUUUGGAGAAAACAAGGACAUAAUCAGCUAGGUCCACAAAAGGGCAUGAUAUAUUUUAUUUUGAUUAACAUGGUUGUAAUAGUCUGCCUUAGUUUAUGAAUAAUCCUUAUGGUAAAAUAAAUAUGCUUA